UCUUAACUUCAUAUUGUGGUCAUCACUUCCCAUUCCUGAAUUUUUUAUUGUGUGUGUGGUUCCUUUUGUUCCUCUUUCUUGUUGUGUAUGGUAUAAUGUCCAAAUGUUUGUGGAAAGCGAUGCUCUGCUCCUUGACUUGGUCCUCUGCAACAAGAACAUCAGUCUUGUCAUGUUUCUCAUAAUGUCCUGCUUGCACGUACAAUGCAGGUUGGUACAUGAUUUCGUCCAUUGGAUUAUUGGCUUUGGUUUUGUUGUUCUUAUGUAUGAUAAAUGAAUUGUUUCAUUCAAGCAUCCUUCUGCUCCAUUCAUCAUUUGUGUACCUGGUCCUGUCUGUCGGCAUUUAUCCCAGUCGUGCAUUGACUUAAGCUCCAGCUUCACUAUAGCAUGUCUAUAUGGUUUUGCACAUCGUGAAAUAAGUAUAUUUUUAUUUUUCUCAAUGCACUGCAAUUGAGCACACACGACUCAGAAAUAUUUCAUCGAGCCUGUAUGUCUGUUAAGCUUACAAAAUAUUGUGAUUCAUUAUAUUAAGCAAUGAAUUGCUUGAAGAUUACGGAGGAAGUAGGUGAUGAUUGAAAUCGACCUCAAUAAUGAAUGCAUAUGUAGUGUGGACGAAAAUUAUUCGAGGGAUGUUGCAUUUUCUUUCCAGGUGACUGCACAGCUCAUUGCUCUGCAGUUCGCUCCAAGAACACCUUUUAGGGCUUAAAAUACACAAUAGAAGUUAGGGCUUAUUCCAUAUCAAUGAUACCGUUGCACGUGUUCAGAAUCACCGUUGAUGCUGUCUGUUAAUUCGUCCUUUUUUCUGCCCGGAGAGCUUUCUCCGGUGUAGGUCUGAUUGACUAGGGAUUGGCAAGGGAUUGAUCACAAUCUGGAUAGGCUAGGUCUGUGCUCAACAGUAUUUGAGUUGUCACAAUUACCAUGUUUUAAACAUUGAUUUAAGUUGGAGUUAUGCAUUAUGUUGAAAACCAUUCUAAAGCAUUCUGUGCAUACUUCUCUCAAGACGGACUGUUCCAUAGUUCGCCUAUUGCAGCCGCUCUGUUCAUCUCUUCAGUCUUUCCUAGACGCCAACAAUUUCCUGUUAUAACUAGGGAUACCGAUGCCAGGCAGUUGGGGUCGUUGCUCCUUACCUAAUUCGCCAUGAAUGUGACGAGCUGGAGAUGCCAUUUGAGGGGGUGAUGAUUCACGAAGACAUCAAUUCUUAGCUGCAGCGAAUGCGGACGAACUUCUAUAAAGACUUGCAAUCCAUCAGUAUAUGUGGUUGUUUGGUGUAGACAUCUCGUUUGGGCACAACAUUGGAACCUGAGACUGGCAGCAGCGAAUGACGAGAGUCUGCAUGGUGUUUGAAAACACAGACUUCUGUAUAUAGGCUGACCCUCAACGAAGCCCAUGGGAAAGCAAGGACCAUGUGGUCAUUGUGGCAUUGCCACAACCCCUUUGUGGAGAAAUGGACCCCCGGAGAAGCCUGUCCUAUGCAAUGCUUGUGGCUCCAGAUGGCGUACGAAGGGAACUCUUUCAAACUACAUGCCUAUGCAUUCGGGUGGAUUUGGAGGCGCUGUGAGUUCUGAAGGUACUGCAUUAAAACGUGGGCGAAGGAACAAUAAGAAAAUGUUUUCCGGUUCAUGCAAGAGAAAAGAGCCAUCUGAGAGUCACCAAGAGACUAGGGCUCCGCUUCGCUCCCUGACGCGCUCAUUGAAAGCAGCUGGAGAUGAUUCCAUCUCCACUUCAAGUUUAAGUUCCAAUGUUUCAGGAUUGGACGAUGCAACCAUCAUCCCCAGCUUAAACGCUUACGUUGAUGUUGCAGCUUCAAGCCCACUCUGGGAAGGUCAUAUUCCCACAAAGAGACGCACACUCACGCCCAGAAUGUGCACUUCAGUCGACAAGCUGAGCCAGCAGUUCCAGCAGGCUGUGUAUGAUAUCCUGCCACCUAGCUCUACAGCAAUGCAUGGUUUUUCAGACGAUCUAUUGGUGGAUAGCAAGCCUUCCACGAUGGCUGAUGAGAUAGGUUUGGGGAGUGUAUUUAUUCGGCAACCCACCUUUGCCGUGGAUAAAAGUGAGAGUCGCUCAUCUAUGGAAGAGGAACUCUCUCAGACUCGUGUACAAAAGCACGGCGGUCCACUUCAACAGCUCCUUAAUGGUGCCGAACGUCUGCCGUCUAUGCGUGGGAAGGAAAAGGCAAAGGAGUACAAGAAAGUGGAAAGUGGAAACCUCAAAGCCAACAAUACACUUUUAGAGAAUUAUCCCUACAAAAAGCGAGAUGUUCUCAAAAGCUGUCAGUCUCCCCUGGUUUUUCUCGAAUUGAAGGACAUACUCAAUUUUGACACCUUUACGGGGCUUCUUACUGAGCAAGAGCAGGGGGAGCUAAUGAGGUUCUUGUCUUCUGAGGAUAUUGCCAAAGCUUCUGAAAGUUUGAAGGAAAUGUUUACUAGUGCCGAGUUUGAAGGAUCCUUGAACAACUUUCAACAAUUGCUGGAAGAGGGCAUGUUUGAGUCGUUCAUGUUGGGAGCAAAUUUGCGCAUCCCCCAGCACUUCCAACAACUUCUCAUUCAGACGGACCUCAUAAGCUCUGGCUGGAUGGAACAAUUCUUGCAACUCCAAAAUCGUAGCAGGCGUCGGGGUGGAUCAGUUGAUCUCAAUAAGAGCAAGGAAUUCAACAAAGAGAAAGGAAAGGGAUAUGAAUUACAUACAAAGAGUGCCCCUGCAAGCACCAAACAGUCUCCAGGUAGAUUGCCGAGCCAGUCUGGAGCAAAUGUACAAAGUGGAUGCCUCAUCAGUGCCAGUGUGGUCUCUGGAAAAACUUCGGAGCCUGUAAAUUUCGUACCAGAUAUAGGAAAUUCUUCGAGUGACAGAGCGUAUGGGUUUGAAGGAGGUGGAGCUUGCUACCCAAGUAACAGUCUGCUGUCCACAGAGCAGAUGUCAGCGACUGAUCUACCAGAUCUUCAAGCUCCAGGAUCAGAUGAAACCGAAGCCGAUCUGCUCUUCAACAUGCCCACUAACAUGAUGACCUUCCAGGACACGGUCCUUCAGCAGCCUGUGUGGUCGAAAACCAAAGAAGUUGAUACUUUCCAGGUAGACAUGGGCAGCCCCCUCACCAGCAACAUGUGGCACAUGGACAGCGCCCCUGCCGAGCUCUAUUGGACUUGAUGUAUGCCGGACCCUUUCCAGUGGUUCUGUGCUUUUAUUCAGAACCCAUGCUUCCGUGAGAAAGACGUUUCAUUGAAGACAAAAGACAAACAAUAUUGUAAAACCAAAAAAAUCAAAAAUAUUCUGCCUCUUUUGUGGGUUUUCCUACAUUAACCUCUUUCGGCUCCAUUAAGUUUCCCAGUUUUUAAAGGCUUUGAAACCCCUGUUAGAGGAGGGGCUUAUAGUCUAUUACAUGCUUUCCCUUUCGAGAGUGUACCAUAGUCAUCAGGAAGUCAUCUGUACGAUUUUGUUUUUUUUUUACCACCUCCAGUGUUCACAUUUUUCCUUUUGGGCUUUUGAGUCUUGGUUCGUCCCAAUGACAAAGAACUUCCUAUGGGUCCUACGAGACCUUUUUGUAAGGAUAGUCUGAUUUUUUCUUCUGCGAUACUAUCUUAUCAUGAGCAGCAUGGUGAGUGGACAUUUCAGUGGUAGUGUUUUAACGUAGAAUGGAGGUUUUGGAUGUUGGAGUGUUCAACUCACCUCUAAUUUAGUUACUUUUGGCAAAUUAUUUUCACAAGAGGUGACUUGUGCUAAAGAAAUAAAAUAAAAAUUCGAAGCAUACUAGACCGUAAA